AUGGGGAUGGAGUCUGGGUGUGCUAGUCCGAGGAAGAGGAAGUUCGAGGCACUCCAGGUGCCAAGGCUGGCUGCAGCAGAGCUUCCUAGUCCCAAAGACGUAGUGGAGGGCCAGGAGCCUCCACUGCCUAGAGCGAAUGGAUUUGUCGGAGAUCGUAUCAGCCAGCUCCCGGACGACGUACUCGGCGACAUCAUCUCGCUCCUCCCCACCAAGGAAGGCCCUGGCCGCUACUUCUCCGCCCCCAUGUACCACCUCCAAGCCACCACCGCCGACGUCUGGCUCCGAUCCCCUGCCCUCGACAACCUCCAGGAGCUUGAGUUGUGCAGCUUCGAAGAGAGGUUACCCAACCCACCACCAACGCUGCAGCCGCUACCGGCUGCCGCCUUCCGCUUCUCUGAAACCCUCCUUGUUGCCACAAUCGGAGACUACCACUUUCCCGAUGACACUGUAGAAGCUCUUCACUUCCCUAAGCUUAAGAAACUUGCGUUUCAGCGGAGCUUUGGCUUCCGUUGUGUCCGAAUCAACUCCAUUACCCUUAAAAGCAUCGGCGUGUGCGAUUCUUAUGAAAAGAGAGGCAUCGAGUUCAAGGAACUCAUCAUCGAGAAUGCCCCUCGCCUUGAAAGGCUGCUCCAAGGAUUGCAUGUUGAUAGUCUGGCGACAGCGGUGCACACUAUCAAGAUUUUAUCUGUCGAUAUGCAUACUCUUAGUCUGGGCGUGGUUAUUAACUUGAUGAGAUGCUUUCCGUGCUUGGAGAAAUUGUACAUCGAGUCACGUGGGCCAGGGGAAACCAACUUGUGGCGUCGUAAACAUCGAGAUCUUAUAAGAUCGCUUGACAUCCGUGUGAAGAAAAUAUCUUGGCAUUAUUAUCGGGGCAUCAAGUCACAUGUUGACUUCGCAACGUUUUUCGUGCUAAACGCCAAAGUGCUAGAGCUGAUGACUCUUGAGGUUCAUGAGGACGAUUACAACGAGGAGUUCAUUGCAGAGCAACGUAGGAAGCUUCAGCUAGAUAGCAAGGUCUCAAGGGGUGCCCGGUUUCAUUUCACGCCAGAGUGGUCUCAUCACAGCUCUUGGUGUUUCCGCGUCCAUGAUUUGGAUCUAGCUGAUCCCUUUGAAAGGAAAGAACCUUACAAAUUUCGUGAGUAG